AUGUGCAACCAUCUCAAUGCCGAUGGGGGCAACGGAACACAAGUAACAGGGCCGUCCCAGCCAAAGCCGGCAGAGAAGCACAGGUUUCGCCGGCAGUUUGCCCCUGAAACGCGGGACUCAGACAGCUUGAGGUGUCAGCCACGAUCCGCGAUGGCUGGCCGAACUUUUGACGACUCUGCGACAUCCACCAAGCUCGGCGGGCCGAGCCCACGGAGUCCACAGUGUACUCCACAGACUCUGUCGCCUUUGCCACCUCUAGCAGCGACACCGAGAGCGCCGCAGAAGGCGAAGCGCCUUGCGUGGGCCCGUGCUGCGACUGAGGACGUCCUCGGUGCCUCGCAGAUCUCGCAGUCACCCGUUUUGACUGCAUCGACCUCGCGCCGGUCCUCUCCUUCGCCCUCCUCGGCUUCCCCGGGAACUUCCCCGCACUCCCCUCAUUCAUGCUCGCCAAGCUUUCCCCAGGCAAAGCUCUCGCCACUGAAGGGCCGCACCCUUUCAGUAGACAGGUGCUUGCUGUCGAACUUCGUCCGAACAUCGAGUGCUCCCAGCGAUGGUGACUGCAAGGAUGAAUGCCUGUUGCCAGUUGCGGAGUUCUCCUCGCAGGAAGACGGCAACCAGGAUCUUCGAGAGACCAUGCGACGACGCAGUACGCAUCUCCGCGAGCGGCUGCAAAAGGCUGUGGCAUUGCAGCGGCUCUGUGAAAAAGAAGGGAUCUGCAACGACAUUGCCAUCAAAGCAUCUGUUACGCGAAAGGUUCGGCGGAGUCGCGACGGCACGGCAAGUUUCACGAUUGAUGGACGGCCAGUAAGCCAUGGGGAACGAGAAAGAUGGGAUGCGGCUUUCGCGAAGUUCGCGAGUGAUGGUGAGAUCCAUGUGGAUGAUUUGAGAAAGGCGUUGGUCCUUUGUGGCUUUUGCGAUGUGCGUGAGGUGGCGCUGCAAGAUGCACUCAAAGACCUCACAAUCUACAACACUCUUGACCGAGCAGAGUUUGAGAGGUUUGUGUGCCGUUUCGAUUCUGGUCUUCAUGGAACGUACAAGAUGGAGUUCAGCCAGCUUGAUGCAUGCAGCUCAGGCACGAUAGAUGCGGGACAAUUGGAGCACUUGCUUAUUCGAAUUGGGCAGCCUGUUCGCAGAUUUGUGCUGGAUGAGCUCGUGACAGAAGUCACUGGCGAUGGUAGCGACCGUGUCGAUUUUGAUGGCUUUCUCAAGAUCCGACACUUGAUCAAGAAGCGUGAGGGACUUGCCGUGCAAGAGCUGGAUCUUUUCUCACAAGUCUUCCAGCACUUCGACCGCGAGAAAACCGGCAUCAUCUGCCAAGAAGAGUUCUCCAGUGCACUUGCGUGGCUUGGCUUCCCCAACACUCUGGCGGAGGUCCAUGGGCAACACAAAGAUCUCAAGUUAAGUGAGAAUGAGUUUCUUCGGUGCCUGUCGAAAGUGCACAACCACGAGACUGCUCUGAUUGAGAAGUUCUUCGACAGCCGACACGCCAACAAGCAGCUUCGUUCAGGCGAGGAGCUGAUUACUCUCAUACACGGCCUGGGUUAUUCGCCAUCGCCACAGGCUGUCUUGGAUGCCCUGUUCCAGACGGGCCUGUGCUCGGAUCGUAACCUCGAGACUGCGACCUCCGCCCAGGCUUUUCUACGCUCCGCGUCUCUAGACAUUGGCGUGGACGAGGUGUGCAAGCUGCUCAGUAGCCUGCGAUCCUGUGAUGGCUUCACCGAUUCCGAGAUGCGCAAUCUGAGGGAAGCCUUCAGCUCGCACACCGCGAUCAAGAAGGACAAGAUAUGGGCACCCUCCGUGUGUAAAGCCUUGCGCUGGCUCGGCCACACCCUGCCCUUGGACGAUGUCCUCCGACUCAUCGGCGAGGUUGAUGUCGAUGGUAGCGACAUGCUCGACUUCACCAUGUUCGUGAAAGUCAGUCGGAAAUGCAAAGACCGAGAACAAAGCAGAGCGUCGGAAGUUUUCCACCUCUAUGACGACGACGUCGGCUUCCUUGACGAUAUGGAGCAGUGCCAAGCGCUGGAGAGCUUGGGCUGCUUGGAUGAGCACGGGCAGCCACCUCUUCGCUCUAAAGGUGAGCGUGAUGGCGCCGAUCUCUCCACUUUCCUCAACAUCAUCGAGCGAUUCAAGAUUUCGUCCUUAGCUGCCCGCCGCGAAAACCAGGGCUAUGGCUUUUUGGAGGUUGCGGAGCUCCGCAGUGUCUUCGGUACCUUUGCCCGGGAUGUCAACGGCCUGUCCCGGAGUGAGCUUGCCAAAGUCGUGGAGCAGCUCUUCCCGCAGCUGGCCCAUACAGUAGAGUUUCGGCCGGUGCUCGCCGACCUCUUUGGGAAGGUGGAUCAGGACCAUACUGGAUCGUUGGACUUUCGAGGAUUUGUCACGCUAGUUCGUCAAAUCUCGGACCAUCAGAAUGAAGUCCAGUUUGAGCUUCAGAAGGAAGCGAUUGAGGAUCUCGGCUUCUCGCACGCAGAAGCUAACCAGUUUCGGGAGCUCUUCAUGACCGCAGACAAGGCUGGAGCCCACAUUCUGUCUUUGGAGCAAAUUCGGGAUAUGCUCUCGACAAGCUUCCCGCUAACCGAUGCUCGGGUGGAGCAGCUGCGUGUGUUCUUCGCCCAUGCCCUGCGUCCGUAUCAUUGCAUCGGCGGCGGAGCUGGAGCUUCUGGAGCUGGCUUCGUAGAGUUCCUGCAUGUCAUGCGCAAGGUUGCCGAAGCAGGGUGGUAUGCUUAA